AUGAAUAACUUCAUGAGACAGCACACAGACCGACGGACCUUGAUCAACAUACAUUCCAAGGUCUAUGGGUGUAUCCGACUACCGGCCAACUUCGGUAAUAUUUCGGAGGAGGAGCUUUUCGAGAAAUACCAAGCCGCUUGUAUGAACAUACCACGUGAUCUCGGGCCUCGGCCUAUCCGGGCAAACAACUCAACGGGCCGACAAGGAGCGGAGCGGGUUGCCCAAUUCCUUAAUGACCAGCUAGUCUAUCUUGAAGCACUCAUAUUAGAGAUACACUCUCUUCAGGAGAAAUUAGCCGCAGUCUUGGGUGGGUUCCAUACCGACGAAAUCAACACCUACGAACUCGCGGGUUUCCCGACUGAUAUCUCCCUCCCAAUACGGCUGAACCCAGUGGCUGCUUACUACAUUCGUGUCCUCGCGCGCUUCCGCCUUGCCCAAGUCGACUUUUCAUUCGUUUCAGAAUCGGUUGAAACAAUCCUUGAGGCGUUUGGCCGGGUUUACAGGGGUGAGCACAAUCCGGUUAUGGCUAUGUCUCGCAGAGACUUGGAUGACUUGGCCACGCAAUGGAGGGCUUGCGAGUCCGUGUAUCUCGCUAUUGACCUGGAAUAUUUCAAACUCAAUAAUGGGGCGUAUGAAAACAACACUCUGUUUUACAAAGACCAGGAGACAGUUCGGCAGCACCAAAGAUUGUAUGGAAAUCCGUGGGCGGCGCCGCCGACUAAUUGUUUUGGGCCGCUGUGA